AUGGAUGCUGAUUUUGUUGAUUCACUUGGUCUUAAAUUAAAUCUUAUGUUACCAAUAUAUGUUGAAUGGAAGAAACAAUUUGAUAUUGAAGAUCAUGAAGAACCGAAUUUAAUUACAUUUAUUGAACAACUUAAAGAUGAAGAAAUUUUAAUUUAUUAUACUGAUAGUAUCCUUCAAGAAGCUGAACAAUGGAAUGAUGAUCAUGGGUAUGGUGUUAUUAACUUAAUUCGAUAUUCAAUCAUUGAUCGAUUAGAAAAUAAACGACAAUACCCCAUAACUCCAUUUGAUACUUCACAUAAAAACCAAUGGACUGAUCAAGUUUGUCAAUCAGUACGUGAUGGUGAAUUAUCUCAUAUGCGUCAUUUAAAAGUGUAUUUUAUCGAUGAUUACUUGAAUGAUUCAAAUGAAAAAGAUCUUCAAAAUUCAAUGAUAAUAUUUAAAGAUAAAACAAUUGAUGAACAGAUGUUUUUUUAUCAUGGAACUACGGAAAUUCAUGCUCAAUCGAUUAUAGCACGUGGUAUUCGUUUAGUUACAACAGGAUCACGUCCAGGUGAUUUUGGAUUCGGAUUUUACACAGCAAAUGAUUUCAUUGAUGCUUUAAGACAUGCAGAAAACAGAGCCAUCAAAACUCAUGGUGAACAAAGACCUGCUUGUCUUGUAUUCUCCAUUUCAAAAAAUGAAUUUAAUGCUUAUCAAAUUAUUCGUCUUUUAUAUGAAGAAAAAGAAGAAAAAUUUAUUAGAGAGUAA